AUGGAUAGGUUUAUUAUAAAAGAAUUACAAGUUCCUUUUGAUAAUCAAAUACUUGAUCAGGACCCUGCACUUGAUAUUAAUGUUGCCAAUGAUCCUAAUGAUGGUGAGACAGAGAUAGAAAACAUUGUUGAGGAAGUUCUUGUUGGCAGCACAAAUGUUCAAGUUGUUAAUAAUGGUGAUAACAUCGACGACACUAGUUCACCUGCUGCAAAUGUUGGUACUUCUUUUCAGCCUGGUAUAUUUGAUCCAAGAUAUUGGGAUGCCCUUGAUCCUAAACAAGUUGACAUUUUAGCAAAAAAGGGUCCUAAAAGAGACUUAUCAAUUCAGAAAUGUCCUAAAGAUAGAUUUUCUAGAAGAAUGAUAGGUGGAAGUAGCCACUGGAAUCUGUUUGAUGACUCCUGUGAGAUAGCUAUAUCACCAUGA